AUGAAAUUAUAUUUUGAGAAUUGCUUUUCUGAGAAUAUAUUAGAAAGUUCACUUUUUAAAAUUAAUAAAAAUCGUUUUAAUAGUGUGCAAAAAAAUAUUCCUUAUGAAGAAAAAUAUUUAAAUAAAAAGAAACAUUUUGAACAUUUAUUAGAUUUAAAAUUUUGUACAAUAAAAACUAGAAAUAUUGUAGCAGAUCCUAAUCAAUACAUUAGUAAUGAUAACGAUAAUUUAAAUAAUAAUGAAUUCUGUGUCUAUUUUAUAUUACGACAAUGGAGUAAAUUUGAAAACGAGUAUAAUAAAAACAAAGGUGAAAAUAAUAGUAAAAAAGUUAAAAGUUAUGUUGUAAUUGGUAAGCAUACACACAACAAUUUUAAAUGUUUUUAUGAGGAGUUUCAAGUUGAAAUUAUUAAUUAUAAUGUAGAAACUACUGGUUUCUUUAUACAAAUACAUGUGAAUAAAAAUCAGAAUAAAAUAUUUUUAUUAUCAAGCAAAGAAUGUGCUUUAAUCAGAAAUAAAUUAAUCAAAAAUAAUUUUGUUAGAGCAGAAUUACUUUUACAAAAUAAAGUUUUGAAUAUUUCUCCAAAAAGAAAAAUAAUUAAAGCAGAAUGGUAUAAUAAAUCAAAUAAUGUGAUAGCAUUAUUAACUUACGAAAAAAUUGCUUCAAUUAAACCAUAUAAUUGUAAUUUUAGGGCUAUAAUUAGAUUAAUUAAUACAAAUAGUCCAAUUAGUGAAGAAAUAAAAAUAAUUAUUCCAGAUUCUGAUAUUCUUCAAAAUAAAAUAAAUGAAGAUUUAAAUUAUUUAAAAAGUGAUAAUAUGGAAAUUAAAGAAAAAUUUGUUGAAAAAUCGGAUGAUGAUAAAAAUUGUAGUGAAUUUAAUAGUUUUCAUAAAAAUAAUGAUGCUAUUGAAAAUACAAGGGAAAGUGAAUAUGUUGAAAUUAUUGAAAAUAAUGAAUGUAAAGAAGGAAAAAACAAUCCAAUAAAUAAUGAGGUAAGUAAUUUUAAUGGAAAUUAUUUCGUUGAUAAAUAUAAUGAAAAUCGUUGUAACAUGAAUUAUACUAACAAUGUCAAUACUCUUAAAUACGUUGAAAAGAUAGAGAAUACAAGCAACAGUGAUCAUUUCAAUAUAGAGAAUUACAAUGAAAGUAAUUGUAAUGGCCAUCAUUAUAGUAAUAAUGACAAUUAUAAUGUUGCUAUUAAUGAUAGUAAUAAUAAUACCAAUAAUGAUAAUGAUUAUAAUGAUACUAAGAAUAGUGUUAAUAGUGAUAACAUUAAUAAUAACAUUAAUGUUAAUAAUAAUAAUAAUAAUAAUAACAUUAAUGUUAAUAAUAAUAAUAAUAAUAACAUUAAUGUUAAUAAUAAUAAUAAUAAUAAUAUUAAUGUUAAUAAUAAUAAUAACAUUAAUGUUAAUAAUAAUAAUAAUAGAAAUAAUACAAAAAUUAAAGAAAAAAUUUAUCAUUCCCAAAAUAGUGAAUAUAUUGAAACUUCUGACUCUAGUGAAAAUUGUGAUAUUUCUCUUAAAAAAAAAUAUAUAAGUGACGAAUUUGAUUCAAUAUUAAAUUAUUAUAAUGAUGAUUUAACAAAUAAUGAUUUUAAAGAAAAGUUUUUUUCUCAUAGUAUUGAUAAUAAAGUUAAAAGAUCUAUAUCAAAGAAGAAUAAAUAUAAAAAUUUAGUAGUAGACUUUUGCUUUGGUUCGAUUAGUGAAAAUAUAAUAUGGAUAGAAACAUGUUUAUUUUUGCUUUUUAAAAAUGGAUUAAUUUUAAUUUAUUCACCUAUUAUUACCAGAAAAUGUUACAUUAGUUAUUAUUUAUUACAUGAACUAAAUGAAAUCAAAAAAAGAAAAGAUAAAUGUUAUGAAUAUAAAGAAGAUUUUUUAGAAUAUUAUGACUAUUUCAAAAAUUGCUCAAUAAUAAAAUAUAGAAGUAAAUACGUGUGUAUGAAUUUUAAACAAAAAGAGGAAAAAAUUUAUUAUCUUCCUUAUGUUAUAAAUUGUCUAAAAAAUUCUUUUUAUAACAGUAUCAAUUUAAUAUAUUAUAAUAAUUUGGUAUUAAUUUGUAUUUGUGAUAAAUUUGGUUACAUUUCUUUUUUAUUAUUAAAUUAUUAUAUUACACCAUUUAUAUCUAUGGAUAGUAAAAACAAAAAUAAAAAUAUUUCAUCAUUAGAAGGAAAAAAGGAACAUUUUUUUAAUAUUUUUAAUAACAAUGAAAAUGUUAUUUUAAAAAAGAUGAAUUUAGAAAAAAUAAAGCAUUUAAUCAAUAAGGAAAAUUAUGAACAGUAUUAUAAUAAAUUAGGAAAUAAAUACCAAAUCAAUUACAUUUUAGAAAAAAUAGAUAAACAGAAUAUAAGAAAAUACAAAUAUAAAAAUAAAAUGGACAAAUAUAUUAAUAAAGAAAAACAACUUACAACUAAUGAUGAUAAAGUAGCAAAACCACUAAACCACAUACAAGAUAAAAAAAAAUCAUCUUUUAAAGAAAUGUUUGUACCAUAUAGCAACGAAACGUAUUCAAAUAAUAAAAAAUUUAUAGAUGAAAAACAUAAUGGAGAUGUUUUUUUAUCUUGUUAUGAGGAUUUGAAUGAAAUGGUUCAAAAUGAAAUGGAUUUCGAAAUUAAUAUUGAAUUCUAUUUAUUAAAUAUAUUAUUUUAUGAUUCGUAUUACACUGGAAUGAGCAAUGUACGAUCAAUAGUAUUAUGUAAUAACAAUUUGCUAUGUUUUAAUAAUAAUAAAAUUAUAAUAUUAAAUUUAAUUUGGCUAAAAUUGUUUCAUGUAGUAUUUUAUUUAUUGUACUUAAAAAAUUUUUUAUUAGCAAAAUUAAUAUAUGACUUUUGUAUAAAUAAUUUAUAUAUGAAGACAUCUAUUUUUAAAUCAAAAAUAAAUUUUUAUGAGUUUGAUUAUUACAAUUAUUUAUUAUUAGACUACACGAAACAGCUAUGUCAUCAUAACUUUGCAAAAUUAUUUAAAAUGGAAGAAAAGGUUUUAAAUGAUAAUUACAAAGAAAAAAAUUUUAACAUAUAUCAAUCAAAUUUAUUGUACAAUGUUGAAUAUGUUUUAUAUCCAGUAACUAUUGAAGAUGAAUAUACAAUGUUAGAUAAUAAUAUAAAGAGUGUGUAUUUUAUUUUUACUCAUUAUAUAAACUUAGAUUGCCAAAGGAAAGAAAAAUUAUUCAUGAAUGAGAGUAUUAACUAUUUUACAUGUGCUAUAUAUAAGAAAUUAUUCUUAAUAUACGAUUGUUUUAAGUUAAUUUUAUCAAGUAACACUGAUAAAAUAAAACGAAAGGAUAAAAAAACUGAAAUACAGUUAAUAGAAAAAAAAAAUUCUAAUCCAUUUUGCAUUUUAUCUAAGCAAACAAAACUUAGAAAUUAUAUAAUUAAUAGCAUAACCCUUAAUGAUGAAGAAAUGGAAAAUGAUAUAUACAAAAAUAUGUUUUCAUGUUAUAUGAAAUCUUUAUAUAGGGAUUAUAUUAGUGAGUUAUUUAAAAAAAACUCUAUAUAUUAUAAUAGAAAUUUGGAUAUCUUUAAUAUUUUAAAUUAUAGUGGAACUACUAAGAAAAAUAAUGUGAACAAUACAAUUUGUAAAAUAAAUGAUAAAACAUACACAAACUGUACUGAAAAACUCUUUAAAACAUCAAGUAAAAAAUGGUAUAAUUAUAAUAAUGAAAUCAACGAAUAUAAGAAUAGAAAAUAUGAAGAAAGUAAUGACAGUUCAAAUGGUGGGUAUGAAGAUAACGAUAACUCAGGAAUGGAUAGAAUAAACUACGAAAUAAAUAGUUGUAAAGAAAAUACAAAAGAUGAAAAUAUGGAAAAUGAAAGUUACAAAUAUAAUUCAAAAGAAAAUUAUAAUAUUGGCGAAUACACAUAUAUGUAUAAUAAUAAAAAUGAAACAAAUAAAGAAUUUAAUGGGGAUGAUAUAAUUCCUUCUAAUUUAAAUUAUGAAUUUAAAGAUUUUACGAAUAAAUUUCCAAAUGAAAAUUGUGAUUCCUCUAUACAAUUACUAAGAGAUACAUUUGUUAUAUUAGAUAAGAGCAUUAUUAACGAUAAAUUUAAAGAUAUAAAAAAAGAUAAAAAUAAGUUAAGUAAAGAAAUAAUAUUAAAAUUAAAAACAUUAGAUAAUAAUCAAAUAGAUUCGAACACAAUUAUAAAUGAUAUGAAGAAUUAUAUAUUAACUAGUGAUAAGGAAAAGUAUGAAAAUGUAGAAUGUAUUGAUCUAAUAAAAAAACUAAUAAAAAUUAAAAAUGAUUACAUAGAUGUGAAAGAUUAUUAUUUAAAAAAAAAUAAUAUAAAUAUAAAUAAUUCUUUUAACUCAAAGGAUCAAAUUGCUUCUUUAGAAAAUAUUUUAAAAUGUUAUUACUUCUUUUUAGGCCUGAAUUCAUAUUACGAAAAAAAAUUUAAAAAAAUAAAAAAUAAAAUAAUUAAAAUAAUGACAUAUAAAGUAAUUAAUUUAAUAGAAGUAAAUUCAAAUUUCCAAAAUACAAUUAAAAGUAUAAAUGAAAAAAAAUUAUCAUUAAAAAAAAAUAUAUAUAUGUGUAACGAAAAUCAAAAAUUAAUUAAAAAAAAAUUUAAUUUAUUAAAAAAAAGAAUUAUUCUAUAUAAUCAAUUAAAUAAUGAAAAUGUUAGAAAUAAACAAUUCUGA